AUGUCAAGCGCUGGACGACCUCUGAGUGGUGUAGUACGUCCAGAAACUCACGCUCGGCCUGGCACCAUGGAACAGACACUGCGAACCUCAAGGACUUCGAGAACUGCUAGAGCAACUUCAUCUAGUUCCGCCAGAUUUGUUCGACUUGGCACUGCAUCGAUGAUUUCACAGCCAGAUGGCCCGUUUGUAAAUUUGUCACGACUGAAUGUUGAUAAAUACGCAACUGAUCCGCAAGUGAAUCGGACGAUCUUUGAAUACAUCGCAGCGAUAGCAACAAAAAAAGCCGAUUAUAUUGACUGGUACUGGAAGAAUCAAGUUGGCAAAUGUUACUACCGUCUCGGGAUGUUCAGCGAUGCAUUGAAGCAAUUCCAUUCGUCGUUGAAUAACCAGAAAGUGGUUGAAACUUAUGGUUAUUUAGCUAAAGUAGAAAUUAUAACUACAUCGGCAGCCACAGUGCAGGCAGCAUUUGUUUUAAAUCAUGAAUCAAUCUUUAUAUAUCAUAUCAUCAUCAUGCAGACGUACAAUCGGAUCGACCAGCCGCUGAUGGCCACUGAUCAGUACAACUUCGGCCUGCAAAUUUUUCAAAACGACAUCACUCUGCUAAUUGGUUUGGCUCGAGUGCAAGAGGUCAUCAUUCAUUCCUUUGUCAAAUAUCUCUAA